AUGUUUCUUAAAUCCCUUGAUGUGUCAGGCCUAACAAAGGAUGCAGAUACAUUGUUUAAGUUGUUUGAUAAAGUUGUUCAAGAAGUUGGGCCUGAGAACGUUGUGCAGUUCAUUACAGAUAAUGAUGCUUCUUACAAGUCUGCAGGAAAGAAGCUAAUGCAGAAAUAUGGGACAUUCUAUUGGUCUCCUUGUGCAGCCCAUUGCAUUGAUUUAAUGUUGGAAAAUUUUUCUGAUAAAAGAUAUUUUCCUAUCAUUUAUGAAACCAUUCAAAAGGCUCAAAAGAUUACCAAAUUCAUAUACAACCAUGGCAAGAUUUUAGCUUUGAUGAGAAGCGACUUCACUAAUGGUAGGGAUUUGAUUCGUCCAGCCAUCACAAGGUUUGCAACUGAGUUUUUAAGUCUUCAAUGUUUGACUAAGUUCAAGAAAGAACUUAGGCAAAUGUUUACUUGUGAUCAAUGGGUCGAAUCUCGAUAUGCUAGGGAUGUCAUGGGAAAGGAGGUGGCUGCAAUUGUUUUGGAAGAUAGAGAGUUUUGGUUACAAUGUCAACAAAUAGUGAAGAUUAGUGAGCCUUUGGUUAGAGUACUACGUCUUGUAGAUGGGGAUGAAAAACCAUCAAUGGGAUACUUGUAUGAGGCAAUGGAUAAAGCAAAGGAGAAUAUAAAAGCAAGGUUGAAGAAUAAAAUUUCUGCAUAUAUACCAUUUACUAGUGUCAUUGAUGCUAGAUGGGAUAAACAACUCCAUAGUCCAUUGCAUGCAGCAGGUUGUUAUCUUAACCCUGGAAUCUUCUUUAGGCCAUCAUUUAAGAAGCAAAAAGAUGUUACAAAAGGCCUACUUAGUACCAUUACAAGGCUGGUUUCUGAUCCUGAUGAGCAAGAUAUUCUUAGUUCUCAAAUUGAAUCAUACAAAAAGUCUUUAGGUGACUUUGGAAUGCCUAUGGCAAUCCGCCAACGUGAAAAACUAAGUCCAGUUGCUUGGUGGGAGCAAUUUGGAAAUGACACUCCGGAAUUACAAAAGUUUGCAAUUCGAGUGCUAAGUCAGUGUUGUAGUGCAACCGGUUGUGAAAGAGCUUGGAGCACAUUUGAGUUUGUCCAUUCCAAGAGGAGAAAUAGGCUUGAGCAUAAACGUUUGAAUGACUUGGUGUAUGUUCGGUAUAAUUUGUUGUUACGAGAAAGGAACAUUAGAAGGACAAAGGAUUACUUGGAUCCUAUAAGCCUUGAUAAUAUUGAUUUAAUGGAGGAUUGGGUAGCUGAGGAAUCUGAAUUUUUGUUACUAAGUGAGGAAGAUGUGAAUUGGGAUAGCAUUGAAGAACCAUUAGCAACAAUGACUUUAGAAGAUGAUAAUGAUGAUGAUGAUGAUGAUGUUGUUGUUCUUGAUGAGGAAGAUGGUGAAAAUGAUGUUGUGUUGACAGAUGCUAAUACUCAUGUGUAUUAUGGUCCUGAUGUAAAUCCUUUUGAAGGAUGGGAGUAG